GAGUCGCUGGCCAGGCUACCGAAACCAUAUAGGGACGUAGUCGCCAAUCUGAAGUACCACAGCGACUCGGACAGCAGCGGCAUCGAGGGAAACAUCCCCGGAGUGGAAGGGGGCACAGAGUCGGACUGUUCCGGGGCCACGGAAGGGCCUGAGGACGGAACAGUCUCGGACGACAGCAUCAUGGACGACGAGAGCUUUCUGACCAAUCAGCAGCUGCAGAAGUUGUACAAGUUGCCGAAAUCGUUGAAUCUGGGACGAACAGGAGUGGAAGAAUGCAACACGGAUAUGGAAAGGCACAACGCGAAACAUUUCGUGAAGUCUUUGCAAUAUGUCCUACUACCGAAUUUGAUGGCAUUACGGUCUUCCAUACAGGUAGACGAAGUGCUCCAAGAGUUCUCCUCGAAAUGCUGUCAACACAACUCUUCCCAAAACUACGAGAUAUCCACGAUUAUGAACGCAGAUGGAGUUUACUUAGCGACCUAUUCCGCUCUGUUGCUUGACCUGAAGCUCAUUCAGUCUGGCCAUUACAAUGAAAAUAUCACAGAGAAUAUACCAGUACCAAUAACCGAAAAUCAAUUUGUUGAAGAGGUCCAUGGAAGUGGAGUUCUUGUUUACGUAUCGGCUACAUGGUUAUGCGAAUUGUACCAGAACGUGUUGGCAAAAUCUCUGUUGCUCUCUGCCGGAUAUGAUCCAAGAAGUAUACAUCAACCGUCACUCAUCAGCUUACUAACAGAUGUCGGAGGUCUGUGUCCAACACAGCUCCUUUCCGACUGGCAGAAACUGCAAAAAGUCCAUGGCACGCAAGAAACCAGUCCAGAAACAGAGGCCGGCAUAAAACUGUCCAGACGCGUUCUGACGUGCUGUUGGUCCUCUGUGGUGGCCGUAUUAGGAACACCUCUGGGGGAAAAACCAAAUUCUAGUGGAACAUCCGCUCUCGGUAGGCUGGUCGCUAGGAAGUCACGGCAGAAACAUCGACAGAAGAUGCUGGAUGAUAUCAUGACGGUUAGCCUAGAAGGUCUGCAGAAGGCUGCUAGUCUCAGCAACACCUUGAAACUGCAAGCAAGAAGCAGCAGCAUCUUGGCUCUGCUGUCUUCAUCUUCGUGUAAGAGUUUGGGAGCCAAACUGCUAGCUUCGCAUGCGCUGUCUCUAGAUGUCCUUUUAUCAAAAGGUCUGGAGCUUGGCUGCCACAGUGCCGCCUGUUGGUCGCAUGUUUUCAGCGCAUGCGUGGCAGUGGCCAGUCUGGAGCAUUGUCUGUUUAGCAAAACCGGGUCCACGCAACUGCUGAUGGUUGCACAGAACACGCAGAACAACAUCGUUACGUCCAUGACUAGUUCGGACUCGCAUGGACGAUUUCACAGGGGUUUCAAUAUCUCCAACGAAGAAGAAACUUGCAUAGACGUCUAUAAUUUCCUCCAAAAUUCAGCGUACUCCUACGCCGAGCAAGCCAACGAAGCAUGCAUUGCUGAGAUAGUGGAAAUAAGUGGUGCCAACAAUGCUCAAGGACAAGGCGUUCUAAGAGGUGUGUAUGCUGCCAAAGUUUGCUGUGUGCUAUCUCAGAAAUCCGACGAACUAUUCCACUCUGCUGCCCUGAGACUUUCCCUACCUGGUUUGUGUAGUUUUUUGACCGAAUUAUGUAUCGCCUCGCACACUCAGUUGUUCACACGAUAUGAGGAAUCUCCUAGACGUCAGAAAAAAUGGUGGAAGAAAGAACUAGAUGUUCAACAGAAACCCCCAGUUACUCUGCUUCUUCAUCGGAUCGGCGAGGUGACUUUGAAGUGCAUAAAAUCCGGAAGACCGCUCAUCCAUAUCAUGAAAGUCUGGUCGAUAGUGGGUCCGCAUUUCAUGCAAGCAGCCUGUCACAAGGACAGAACGAUAUCCAAGAAGGCUGUGACUUGUAUUCACGACGCGGUGACAGCUUUACUCAACGAACAGGCGGAGUUGCCUCAUUUCCAUUUCAACGAAGCUCUCAUCAAACCUUUUGAGAAUCUGCUCUGCCUUGAGCUCUGCGACAUUGAUGUACAGGACCAAAUCGUGUAUUGCCUUUGCGAAUUCGUCGAAGCCAAUAGGACUGAAAUCAGCUCUGGCUGGCGGCCACUUUUCGGCACCUUGAGAGUAGCAAGUUCCAAAAACAGCGCCACAGCCAUCCUCGAAGUAUUCAAAAUCUUCCUAUCGACAGAUAACACUCUAGUUUUCGCCAACGCAGCACUGGACUACAUAUUAUGCCUCCUUUCACACAUCAAGAAUUCCACCCUAGAUGAAAGUGUGCCUGAACUCACUAACCAACCCAGCGACAAAAAGUCGUCCUUAUUCCUGGACAAAGAAGCUGAAUUUCCCACGAAACUUGGUUCCGAGCCAGUCGAUUUAUGUUUAGAAUCACUGAAGCUGUUACAAAAUUGCGCUGCUAUUUUAACAGCUAUCUACCACAUGCCCAAGUGCCCAACAUUCAACUUGACGCACAGAGUCAAUAUAGAUAUUUUCCCUCAAUUAGUUGAUCCGGUCAUCCAAAAUCCGGAAGUUAACAGCUUCAAUCAAACCGACCACAACCAAAUGGGUUACGAGCUAUUGUCCACGCAAAACGACUUCGAGAAUUGCGAGAAAGAAAACAUGACGCUAGCCCACAUGGAUAAGCCAGGCAACGUCCUCAGGAUAUACUACAUCCUCCUGGAAGGCCUAGCUUCAGCUUCGAUACUAUCAGCCGUCAAAAAUCAGCCGUUCAUAGUGGAAACGCUGUUCAAACUGAU